AUGGAGGAUAGACUGGUAGAUGUUGCAGAAUGUAAGAGUAAUGAAGAUGGAGAAGCAACUGUUGUUGUUGAAAAGGACCAUUUCAUGGAUGAUUUCUUCCACCAAGUGGAAGAGAUUAGAAAUAAUAUAUCCAAAAUAGCACAAAAUGUUGAAGAAGUAAAGAAAAAUCACAGCAUCAUCCUCUCAGCACCAAAUCCAGAUGCAAGGACAAAAGAAGAUCUAGAAGAUCUGAACAAGGAAAUCAAGAAAAUUGCUAAUAAAAUUAGAGCCAAAUUAAAGACUAUUGAACAAAGUUUUGAUCAAGAUGAGAAUGCCAACCGAACUUCAGUGGAUCUUCGGAUACGAAAAACACAGCAUUCUGUACUAUCUCGGAAAUUUGUGGAAGUUAUGACAGAGUAUAAUGAAACACAGACUUUGUUUCGGGAACGAAGCAAAGGACGGAUACAGCGUCAGCUAGAAAUAACUGGAAAAACUACCACUGAUGAUGAGCUAGAAGAGAUGUUGGAAAGUGGGAAUCCUUCUAUUUUCACUUCAGAUAUUAUAUCAGAUUCUCAAAUUACUAGGCAAGCUCUCAAUGAAAUUGAGUCACGUCACAAAGAUAUUAUGAAAUUGGAGUCAAGUAUACGAGAGCUGCAUGAAAUGUUUAUGGAUAUGGCUAUGUUUGUUGAGACUCAGGGUGAAAUGAUUAACAACAUAGAAAAGAAUGUAAUGAAUGCUUCUGACUAUGUAGAACAUGCUAAAGAAGAAACUAAAAAAGCUGUUAAAUACCAGAGCAAAGCAAGAAGGAAAAUGAUCAUAAUUAUUUGUGUAAUUGUUUUGCUUGUGAUCCUUGGAAUUAGCCUAGCAACAACAUUGUCAUAGCACGCAUCGCAGGAGCUAAUUAUCUUUGGAGCUUCAGAGCACAUCUGCAGUGAAACCCAUCUUUUCACGAAUGAACCACACGUGUUGAGAUGAGUGGUAUUCAUGGUGCCGAUUCAUGAUUAGUGACUUCAGGGGGAAAACUCCAGAAAAGGAUGUGCACAAAAUCGACCAGAGGAGACGGGAGGGGAUGUCGUGAGUUAAUCACAAAUAUCCUUUGAUUGUAAAUAACAGACACCAAGAAUUUGACAAUGGAAAACUUGCCUUAGUGACCUUAAAAUAAGGAAUGAUCGAAGACUUCAAUUGUUGACAUUGCAGUGUUAAAUUAAUAUGAAGUUUAAUUAGGAGUCCAUGCUGUUUUGAAGCAGUUGGGUUUCAGCUCUGUGACUUCCUUUCCCCUUCCCCCAGCUUGUGUGUGCUCAUUAAGAGUUUUUCUACUAUGUUUAUUCAUGUUUAUUUCUUGUUGGCAAAAUAAUUCUAAUUAUCUAAACAGCUAUUUUGUAAAAUGUCAACAAUUUUAAUAUAUUAACUUAAUACAUUAAUACUUUUCUUUAUCCUAUUUUUAUAUGUUAAAUAUUGCCUUUGUAUGAAAACUCCAUUUAAUUUUUAAUCUAUCUUUGUAUAGUCUCCUUAAUUAAAUUUGUUAAUAAAGAAAAGUUGCCAUCAGCAUCAAAACAAUGACAUGAAAUAUCCAAAUAAUAAUUUAAGUGCCUUCUGUUAUUAACUAGUAGCAAAUCUUGUUAUUAGUAAUUUACAAAUUAAAGCUGAUUUUAGUGCCCUCUAGAAAAGUCUAUAUUUUUGUAUUUAACUCUCUUCUGUUUUGUUACCCAAUAUAAUAAAUUAGUUACUACUACCCUGUAAUGAUAAUGUUUUGUUUUCUUUGCUCAUUAUUUACAUGUUUCCCUGGUUUGUAGUGCUCAGAUUGAAAUGGAAGUACAG